AAACCUUUAUGAUUUAAUUUAGUUUACCUUUGGUUUUCUUCUCCCUCGUUCAGACACAAACUCUCCGUUCAGUUUUUUCCCGGCGUCGCCUUCACUCUACUCUUGUUGUAUUGUAUUAAGCCAUGGAAGCUCGGAUUUUGCAGUCUUCUCCUUCUUCUUGUUGCUUCUCCUCCGGUUCCAUCAACCGACACCGUUUCUCCUCCAUCAUCUCACCAUCUCCUAACCCUCUCUCAGUCAGCUUUCCCCAAAAGACAAGAACAACAAGGGUUUUAUCAAUGUCGAAGAAAGAUGACAACACCGAGAGUCUCAGUUACAAAGGCUCAGGUGUAGACAUCGAUGCCGGGACUGAGCUCGUUAGAAGAAUCGCUAAGAUGGCUCCUGGAAUCGGCGGCUUCGGUGGUCUCUUCCCAUUAGGUGAUUCGUAUCUCGUAGCUGGUACGGAUGGUGUAGGGACUAAGCUUAAGCUGGCCUUUGAGACUGGGAUCCAUCACACCAUUGGAAUCGACUUGGUUGCUAUGAGUGUGAAUGAUAUUGUUACUUCCGGUGCUAAGCCUCUCUUCUUCCUAGAUUACUUUGCUACUAGUCGUCUCGAUGUUGACCUUGCAGAGAAGGUUAUUAAAGGGAUUGUUGAUGGUUGUGGGCAAUCAGACUGUGCUCUCUUAGGUGGAGAGACUGCGGAGAUGCCGGACUUUUACGCAGAGGGAGAGUAUGAUCUCAGUGGGUUUGCAGUUGGGAUAGUGAAGAAAGAUUCUGUUAUAAACGGAAAGAACAUAGUUGCUGGAGAUGUCCUUAUUGGCCUCCCAUCUAGUGGUGUUCACUCCAAUGGCUUCUCUUUAGUAAGAAAGGUGGUGGCUCGAAGCGGUCUUUCGCUGAAGGAUGAGCUUCCUGGUGGAUCAACUACCCUUGGUGAAGCUUUAAUGGCACCCACUACCAUUUAUGUCAAGCAGGUACUUGACAUAAUCAGCAGAGGAGGAGUGAAAGGGAUAGCUCAUAUAACAGGUGGAGGUUUCACAGACAACAUCCCUCGUGUCUUCCCUGACGGUUUAGGUGCUGUUAUCCACACUGAUGCUUGGGAACUUCCACCAUUGUUCAAAUGGAUCCAACAGUCUGGGAGAAUAGAAGACAGUGAGAUGAGAAGGACGUUUAACCUGGGAAUAGGGAUGGUUUUGGUGGUUAGCCCAGAGGCUGCUUCGAGGAUACUUGGUGAAGCCAAGAAUGGAGACUAUGUUGCGUAUAGUAUUGGAGAGGUUAUAAAUGGUGAAGGUGUGACAUAUCAUUAGAUCCAUGUUUGUGUUAUUUUUUACCAACCCUCAACGUGUUCUGAAUUAGAACCGUGCGAACUGUGUUUCAAGUUUUGUGUGAGAGAAGAUGUGACCACUUUGUUUCACGAGUUUUAAUCCAUUUUUGUUGCCGUUAAUUGUUUAUAUACGCCAUUCAUGUCA